GCUGUAGAGCGGCGGACUUUCUGUUUAUGUUUAAAAUGGAACGAGCAGCAUUUUACCCACGACAUAUUUUAAACUAUUGAAGACAUUAUUAGCGUUCGUUUAUCAUCGAUAAGGACUUUUAUUAGCAAGACGCGAAGUCUCCCGCUUGUUGAAGUUUGUUAACGCCCUUCAUAACACCUGAUCAUGUUACCUGUGCGGACAAUGACACCCAUCACGUCCUCCAAGCAGCCUUCAGCUGCAGCAUCGAAGAUCAAAAAUAAGCUUCUCAACACGUCUUCCUUCUUCAAGGUGUCUCUGAAGAAGAACAACAAGGCCCUGGCUGUUGCUCUGGCGAUGCAGAAGGAGCGGAGCCGGCAGCUGGAGAAAGACAUCAUGUUCCUUCAGAAACAAGUGGAGGCUCUGUGCUUUGAGUUAGCCGCAAAGAAGUACAAGCACAGGAAACUGCUCCUCAUCUUGAAAAACCUCCACAGCAACACUCGACAGCACCUGGACAUGGUGGCUGACUUGUUCUCUGACGGUGAUCUUCCUAAACUGUCGGAGGAAGCAAAUAUCUCAUCAGGCGACAUUGACAAACAACAUCUUGAAAUGGAAAGUCCUACAGAUCAGUUACCUCCCCAGCCCGAAGCUCUAGAGCCCUUGCCGUGUCCCCUCCAAAAACUCACAGCAGAUUUGCCUGAAACAAAAACCCGUGCAGAUGCCUUCAAUAUCCAGAGCAGACUGCCACCGCCCUCUGAUGUUUGCAAAGAGAAAACUUCAGAGAGAAGGUGUUCAAGCCAGCACAAACUAGUUCCUGGGAUAGGACUGUCUCGUCCGUCCUGCACCCUAAUGGAGGAAGUAGAUCGGCUUUCAAGGAAAAUCUCUCAAUCUGGGUUUGACAUGAAGUCUGUCCCCUGUCCUCAGAACAGCCAAACCCCCUCAGCUUCAAGUCUAAAUGAAAAACCCAAGCCAUCUCUCUCCGACGAUGUUCCCCCUCCAAGUAGCUCAGUCAUUGAACCAGAAUCAGAAACUGGCAAAAAACAGGAGAAUACAGUUCUUCUGAAUGCGACAAUGGACAUGACGCUGAGUAAUUCUGUUGAGAUAGUCACCGUGGAAACUAAGGCUAAGAAGACAAGACGUGUUGGCAGGCCGAAAAAGAAGGAACAAGCCUCGGGGUCAAAUGUGGGGGAAAAUCCACAAGUGGAGAGCUCUGCAGAUUCUAAGUCGAGUGCGGCUCAGAGUUCUCCUACUGGUUCUACAGAUGACCACGCACCAGAGAGUAUUAAAGACCCGGAGGUUACAGAGUCUCAGUCACCCAAAUCACAGAGUACAAGUGUCACCACCUCUCGCAUUCCCAAACUGAGCAAGUCUGAGGCUGGCAACAACUCGAAGAAGGCGAAGAAGAAAUUCAAAUCUAAUGACACCCCCAAGUCCAAAAGAGACUCUGCUGAUACUGCCCCACCAGAUGUGGACGAUUAUUUCAUGGACCCUGAUUUUAGACUCUCAAAAGCCAGAGAGAGUCUAAGACUUGCACCAGAGGAUGAUACCGCAGAGGAGGCGUGGCCUAAAAUCACAUGCAGGAGGUCCAGGACAAAAGGCAGGAGGAUGUCCACAUUCACCAGGACGCCUUUUGUGACUUUGCCAUUGCGUGAAAGUGAGAUCAGAAAGUCUGAAUUUGAAAAAAUCCAAAAUGAAAUGGAAGAAGUAAUCGAGAGAAAAUAUGAAGCAUCCAAAGACCAUGAACUACCUGAAGAAUUCCUGUUCUGUGCUGAUGAGGUUGCACUUCCUAGUUCUGGACAUUUGGCGAAUGAAGUACAGAGAAAUGAAGUCAGGACAAAUUCUGCAGGAAGUCACAAACCAAAAUGCAGGGGGACGUUUGUGAUCUCAGUUGCCAGGGAGAGCAUGUUAUCGAGCAGGGCUUCCCCAGAAGUCGACGUCGCAGAGCACGACGUGAUGCCUUCUGCAGGAUCCUCCAUCUGUGAGGCAGAAGGAGUCGCUGUUAUGCAACAUUCAGGAUCAAGUCCACACAGUGAAAGUGAUGGUGCAUGUGUCCAGACAACACCCAGCUCAUGUAAGCGUCCCUGGCUGGCCACUCAGGAUCCAGGAAGCCCACAAGAGGAUUCGACUGGCAAAGAAAACCACGAUGCACCACAGCUGGACCCAGAAUGUUCUUCAGAAGCUGAGUUUCAGAAACCUAAAAAAGCAAGGAGAGAAGAAACGAAUGGGUCCAGUAAAAAGAGUAAAAAGUGUGUUGAAAGUUUAAUUAACAGGAAGCAGAAGACCAAAGGUCGCCAUAACAACACAGGGUUUAGAUCUGCCUCUCCUCUCGAUGACGUUGACGACGCUGAAAGAAAUCAACACCAACUAGAUGAAUUACAAGUUGUUGACCCACAUUCUUAUAUUAGUGAAAAAGAAGAACUCUUUGCAUAUUUAUUUUCUCUGACACCUGACAAAUCCAAGAAGGAGUCAAACCCAAAACAGAAGAGGAAGACGUCCAAGCUGAAGAGACUCACACAGACCAGAAAUCUGAGGGAGACGUUUGUCGUCUAUGGAGGCACAAACAAAGACGACGUCUCACUGAACGACUUCAGGACAUCUAAUAUGUCAGAUUCCAACAGUCACAUGGUGGACAGCAGAGGAGCGGCAGGUCGUCAAGAUAUGGGAGACCUGCUGACCGAUGAGAUGCCUCCGUGGAUGCACAUCGAUGUCAGCCAUGCUGACACUGAAGCCGGCUCUUUACCUGCGACCCCCAGGAGGGAGACGUGGAGCAGGGAGGCAGUGAUCGAGGAGUCUGCUGCUGUCACAACUGAAGCCUUGUCAGCAAGUGGAGUCUUAACAACACUGACCAACACCAUCUCAACUCCAGACGGUGAAGCAGGAGGCAGAACCAGGAGACGACAUGGUGUCGUCAGUUACAAAGAACCGACCCUCAACAGCAAAAUCAGACGCGGAGAUAAAUUCACGGACAGCAUGUUUCUGAGCUCUCCGGUGUUUAAGGAGGGGAAGAAGAAGAGACAGAAGAAGACUGGAAACAAAGCAACGCAGGAAAAGUCUGUUAAUGUGGACUGAUUGUUUUUAUUUUUCUGUGUUGUACUUUUAUCCAAACAUGUUCAUGUAGAUGUAAUGAACGUGUGUUCUGCAGUGCAUGUGUUCUGGUCGGUAAUGUGUGUCAGUGAUGACGGGAAGUUUGCUCAUUAAUAAUUCAGCGCAGAAUGUUCACCUGAGAAGUCUGCUUCCCGUUAAAGACUCCUCACAAAGGUCGGCUGCGUCGGUGUAGCAUGACGGCAGACGGCUGUACAGAGUUUAGUGUCAUCAUGUAAACUGGAGGGCUGGGGUCGGUUAGCAGAGUUUAGUGGUGAGUACAGCAUGUUGACUUAAAUAUUGUUUUUAUUCAUUAAACUGACAUUUUACAUUAAA